CUGGGAUAGAACCAUGAAGUGGAACGAACCCACAUGGUUCAAAAAUAACCUUAACAAAGGGAGAGAGAGUACGAUGUGCAGAAUUCCAUUCCAUCUUGGACUAGCUGUGGGCUAAGUGCCCUAAAAGUGCCAAGGAGCGGCUCAUGAGGUCGAAAACUGGAGAAGCAUUGCCAGCUCCUCGCUAUCUCCCAGCACGCUGGGCCGUCCUGGUUUUGUCGCUGUUGCAAUUGAUUGCGGUGUUGAGACCACGGAAUGUUGGAAUAGUUAGGGGUUCGAUGUAGCGACGCUGGUGGUUGGUUGGCGAGUUGACGCUCGAACCAUGGACAGGACACAGCCAAACGUGCCUCCAAGAAUUAUCUCCGACAAGCCCAGCAAGCUUCCUGUUAGAAUUUAACUUUCAUACGAACCUACGGGAUAACUCAUCUUCUUCCCAGUACAUAAUCUUAUAGUGAGUGUUGCUAUCUGACAAGCCUUGCGAGCAGCAAGCGACUCUCUUCUACCGAAUUCUCUUGGCUUGUUUGCCCUGGGGCCACACAGCUUCUCAUCAUGUCUCCGCCGGCCCUCAAUCUGGGAUUUCAUGUUUGACCUGUGAGAGGAGUUACUGGAGCCUUUUUGGCUUUCAGCCUUUCUUUGGUCAUUGAUCAGCAUCAGUGGCUUACGCUGCGUACACAAAAGUUUGUUUGUCAUAGCUGCGUUCCUUCUUGGGGGUUGUUCUCUGGAGCUAUGAGCAUGGCCUCGAUGAGAGGAUUCCUUGACAACAGCCGAGGACGACUUCCCGUAGUUAGCCCUGGCUGAUUCUUCGGGAGGUGGAGUGCGGAAUCCCCGUCAGGAGCUGACGCCCGCGUCGGGCCUGAGGGAGGUCCAUCAAUAUUUUUUUUAAAGUCACAAUUCCUCCUCCUUGAUCCUUGCGCGCCGUGAGGAACAAUUCGCUAUCAAGCCUCAAAAUCGCCGGCGUGCGUAGAUAUUCUUUAGAACAGGAUUUCCCAUUUUCAUUCAUUAUUGCUGGCCUCGUUCUUAUUUUAUUUCCUGAUUUUGGCACCUCUGACUGUUGAAGUCAUCUGGCUCGCGCUUCGCCUACUCUUCACUUUCCGUUGAAUUUGUCCUUGGCUUUCUCUCAGUUUCUCCCACAUGCGCGGUGAUUGGGUAUCACGGCGCCUCUAUGGUACUUAGACCGUGGAUAAGUGGAUAUGAAGGGUUUGAACAUCUUCUUGACGGGGUUUGCAGCCCUUGUUUCAGCAGCGCAAGCAGAGAGGAUAUAUGUACCUGAAUGCACGAUCGAGUGUACGAAACUGGCAAUAUCUGAACUAUGCGCGCCAACUGACGUGAAGUGUUUGGAUACCUGCACAAACCACCAGCUGGAUGCUAAGAUCGCACCAUGCGUGGAACGGACAUGUACAGUUAGAGAAUCGUUGACAACGAAGAGGAUCUCUGAUUUAAAAUGCGGACGCCCAAUCCGGGACCGUACUAAGUUGAUAUCGGUUACGGGUGUGGUUGGGGGAGGCCUCGCGCUGUUGGCCUUCAGUUUGCGGAUGAUGGCAAGGUUGCCUUUUUUCAACGGUGGGCCAUUUGGCAUGGACGAUGCGAUGAUAAUAAUAGCGAUGAUGUUCACAGUCCCCUUCACCGUGUUCUCAGUAUUUAUCGCAAAUGCUGGCCUUGGGAAAGACAUAUGGCAUGUUGAUUUCGACGACAUCACAAAAGUUCUUUACAUAUACUUUUGGGAUGAGUGGAUUUAUUUUUCAGCUCUCACAGCGACAAAGAUAUCCCUCCACUUCUUCUAUCUUCGAAUAUUCCCAAAAAAAAGUUUCAGGAUAGCCAUCUAUGUCGUCAUGGGCCUGACACUGGCAUACGGGUUCGUCUUCAUCAUUGUGUCGGUGUUCCAAUGCUCACCGAUAAAACUUGCCUGGCUCCGGUGGGAUGGCACUACCCCGGGCCACUGCAAUAAUAUCAACCUGCAGGGCUGGACAAGCGCGGCGUUUAAUAUUGUCUUGGACCUACUUACUCUAGUUCUUCCCUUAAGGGAGUUAUCGAAAAUGGACCUUUGGCGCAGGAAGAAGAUCCACAUAUGCAUCAUGUUCAGCGUCGGUUCUUUCGUCACUAUCGUCAGCAUUCUCCGCCUCCAUACUCUUCUUGAAUUUGCCAAAUCGCACAAUUUCACUUGGGACUACGUCGAAAUGGGAUAUUGGAGUACAAUUGAAAUCCAUGUGGGCAUAAUCUGCGCAUGCAUGCCAGCAAUGCGAUCCCUCCUCCGAAGACUAUUUCCCAGCUUCUUCUCCUACACUCAGCAUCAGAAAUCUGGCACGUUCGGUAAUAGCUCAUCGCAUGAAGAGUCCGCAAUACGCAACUCGCAACGAACGCCUCAAAAGCCCGGGUUUCACGAUUCGGACUCAUUGCCUCUGGUCGAUGUCUAUAAUGCUCGACUCCAGUACAGCUACUUCAAUCCUAAGUAGGAUCCGGCUGCCAGUCUGUCUGGUUGCUCCGCCUAUUUGCCGAAAUAUGAUUCUGCCUAUCUUUUUAAGCCAUGCCGUGUUCCAUUCUAUUUCUGUCGCUACUGUUUUAGACUUGUGAUAAUCGCCCUUUCGUUUUCUCAUCUGCUUAUUGAUCUUAAGAUCCCUGAUACUAAAUUUACGCUCGCUAGAGUCAUACAGUGGGCAAGACCCAUUGUUCUUUCGUUUCUCUCUCAAUCUUCCCCAUUUUCCCUAUUUGUAUGAUUUGCUAGGCUUUUCAGUUGAGAGUAAUAUUAUUGGCGGCACAGAAAAGGGGGCUUUCAUUCCUGCAGAAUAUCCUGGCUCAACCACUUCAAAAAAAAUACACAUAAGCAUCCUGCGUAAUCACAUUUAAACGCUACCAACAAAGGGGAACAUGGCUCUAAGUGGAGCCUCCGUUUCCACUAUUCCCUCCCACACGGCACACGGCUUGGGGUUGCUCGUUCGGAGCCUCCGAGGCAGGUUGGACGAGACGAAAUUAAGCAUUUGUCCCAUUUUGGAAUCAUGGUCAACGGACCAUUGUGUACUCUCACCACAGCUAAAAUACGGUCUCGCGACAAUAAUCAAUUAUCGCCUCCUCUCAUACUCCCUAUGACAUAUAGUUAUAUACUCUAACUAGUAAAAUUGAAGUUUGCGCAGUAUACGGGAAAAUUCAAAGCAUUUUCCAGCCGCAAUCCUAGCAUAUUCAGCCUUUACCCGAGCCGAAGCUCCCCCAACUCCGGAGGCAAGUAUGAACAUGAGAGUUUGAACUAACUUAUGAUCAUGCAAAGUGACUGGCUGGGGCCGUGGUACCUUGUUAUUGUGCUAAUCCCACCCACCGUGCUGGAGCAUUUAGCGCUUACUCCAUGGAUAUUGUGCAGCUUAGUUUUGAUACCUGGCAGAUGAUCGGCAUGCAAGCUCUUUUUUAAGGUUCCGACCAGACCUCAACGCCCAAGCGGGAAAUCCCUAGCAGCCCUGGCAGGCAUUUUACCAAAAUAACAGUUCGUCAGAUAGGCAUAGUGGAGCCAAAAGUUUCGCGUGGCAGAACAGAACGAAUAAUUGCGAUUCGACUAUUGUUUCAAAGGCAGAAAAGGCUCCCUCUUGGUUUUUUUUCUUGGGUAUUGCCUUGCUGUUAUUGGGCCCAACUCGAUCCUCAGCAUUCUAGAAGACUUCCUGAACAUCGCUGCGAAACCUACAGACUGACAACCAUACCUCCAACACUCCGCAGAACGCACUUGGCGGGGACAUUUUCUCCGUCGAGUCCGAAGUUAGGAUCGACAACUGCCAUGCGACGGAUUUCCUUAGUCGUGACUAGCUACCAAUGGCGCAUUAGAGAGCCUCUGAAGGGGUGUUGUGAAGGGCGCCGAAGAUGAGCUCCAUUUCCUGCUAAUGUCUCCGAUGCAUGAUGCCCAUUCAGGAUUGAGAAACGGCUGAGUUUGAACGGUCGACGACGGUUCGUAACAGUCAUACAAAUAUAACCGGUUCGUCUGAGCGAAAUCGCAAAAUCGCAAAAUCGCAAUUUGUGUGGAGACUACCGGCAGCGAAACCUGGUCAAGCGCCUGGCGCUCCUGCUUCCAACCCUAUGAUUAUUCUAGGCAUCAUCGCACUCAACGCGAGAGGUUGGUAUUGGGUUGGAGUUAAGGGUACGCAAAGAACUCCGGGUGGUGUCGUCCUGCUGUUUACUCCGCCCAUCCCACCACCUGAACGAGCGAACGGGACCAGGGUCAAAAAUGCGAUCGUCAGGGGAUGUUGCAUUCAUGUUGAACUCAAUUCCACCCGCUCCGUCAUCUGUUAAGAAUAGGUUAGCACCAGGAUAUCGAGCAGGGGAUUCAUGAGUGUCCCAGGGCCAGCUACCUCUGAGCCGUGCCGAGGGGUGAAGAUCUAUAUCAUGCAGAACACUUUCAUACCACAUCUGAGUGUAGCCUAUCCCAACUCUGGAAGGCUGCUGGGAAACCAAACUGAGCCGCCAGCAGCUGGGUUCACCCCGGCGCCUGAUGAGAAAGUCCCCUGCGAGCGGGACGCGGACGCCGGGAGCGCCAUCCACUGCGGGAAAAAAAUAAAUAAAUAAAUAAAAAA